UUCUACAACAGUACAACUUUCAGCACGGAUUACGCUGGAGCUCAGUAAGUUCGCGAGCACGGAGUACGCGCGAUCCAUUGUCGGAAAAUAGCAAACGCGGCCGAAACAACGCACUGAUCAUCGACGAACGAAGGAUUAAAUCGAACGUGUGAAACAUCAUCAACAGCCAUGGACGAACCAAGGUCCACUAUUCAAUCCUUCUACAAAGACAAGACUAUCUUCAUCACUGGUGCUUCUGGUUUCAUGGGCAAGGUGCUCGUAGAAAAAUUGCUGUAUAGCUGUUCUGAUCUCAACAAAAUCUACGUUCUUAUGCGAGCUAAGAGAGGUCGCAGUUUCGACAGUCGGCUCGAAGAUAUAUUUAAAUUGCCCUUGUUUCAAAGAAUACGAACUGAGAAACCUCAAGUUUUGAAGAAAGUGGUACCAUUUAACGGUGACAUAUGUUCGGACAAUUUGGGCCUUACUAAUGAACAACGUGAGCAUCUAAUAAAUGAGGUAAAUGUGGUAUUCCAUUGUGCCGCUACUCUUCGAUUGGAGGCAAAAUUAAAAGAUGCCGUUGAAAUGAACAUGAUAGGUACAACAAGGAUACUAGAAUUGGCAAAAGCGAUGAAGCAGCUGCAGGCUUUCGUGCAUCUAAGUACAGCCUUCUGUCACGUCGACCAAAAGGAAUUAGGAGAGCGUACCUAUGACUCUCCUGAUGAUCCUCAAGAUAUCAUGAGACUCGUUCAAUGGCUAGACGAAGAUGCUAUCAAUCUUAUUACGCCCAAAUUACUACAUCCGCAUCCAAAUACUUAUACGUAUUCGAAACGUCUGGCUGAAACAUUGAUAUCCAAUGAAUAUCCUAAGCUACCUUGCUGCAUUGUUAGACCAUCGAUCGUGAUACCUUCUUAUAACGAGCCGAUGCCAGGAUGGGUCGACAAUUUAAAUGGACCUAUAGGAUUGCUUGUCGGUGGAGGAAAAGGUGUUAUUAGAUCUAUGCAUUGCAAUGGCAAUUAUAAUGCCGAAGUUAUACCGGUUGAUUAUGCAAUUAACUGUUUAAUCACAAUUGCGAGCAAAAUUGCUACUGAAAACGAUAAUGGGAAAAGUAUACCCGUAAUCAAUAUAACGCAAGGCGAAAUAACACGUAUUACAUGGGGUGAAAUAUUGGAGAAGGGUAGGCAAAUUAUUUAUGAAUAUCCUUUUGAAGGCCAAGUUUGGUAUCCGGAUGGCGACAUACGUAGUAACAAAUUUGUGCAUAACAUCUUUGUCUUUUUCUUCCAAAUCAUUCCCGCGUACUUUAUCGACUUUUUGAUGCAUACUUCGACAAAGAGAUUUAUGAUCAGAAUCCAGAGACGAAUUUUAGACGGCCUCGACGUACUGCAAUACUUCACCACGCGACAAUGGAUAUUUUAUAAUAAAAAUCUAAUUGCUUUGAGCAACGAACAGUCACCAAUUGAUAGAAAGCUAUUUCCAAUAUUAAAUUAUAAUGUCGACAUACCGGGAUAUUUUAAACAUAUAAUUCUCGGUGCAAGGCAGUACUGUAUGAAAGAAGAUCUGUCUACUUUGCCGAGAGCCCGUCGACAUCAGAAAGUAAUGUACGUUGUCCAUAUCACGACGAUAUACCUGUUUUACUUCGGCUAUUAUAUUUUAUUUAUAACAAUGUUGAAAUGGUAAGGUUUUUCCUGGAUUACAUUACGGAAAAAAUAAAAGUGCUACCGUUUAUAGGCACGUUCGUAGAGAUGGUGCAUU